AACUCGAGACAUCUCAUCAAGUUUUGGACCCAUUGGAAACAUCGUUACACUCGCUCUUAAAACCGAAGACGACGAAGGGUCUGUAAAACCUUCCUUCAAAAUGCUAUCCAUCAUAUCUUCUUCCGUAAUUCUUGCUCUGAUUGUCACAAUUUCAUACAAAUUUCUCACAAAUGACGGUGAUUUCACAUUGCUGGCUAAAGGAAAAGUAAAACGAGAGAGUUUUCACGAUAAGGUUGUAUGGAUUACUGGAGCUAGUCGGGGAAUCGGUGAGGUCCUUGCGAAGCAACUUGCAGCUUUAGGGGCUAAGAUAAUCAUUUCUGCAAGAAAUGAACCAGAAUUGCAAAGAGUUAAAAAACAAAUUGCAGAUCUGAGUUUAGGAACACAUGUGGAGAUAUUACCUCUAGAUUUGAGUUCCGGUGAAGAUGCAAUCAAAGACGUUGUUGAAAAAGCCGUGUCUUUAUUUGGCGGAGCUGGUGUAGAUUAUGUGAUCCAUAAUGCAGCAUUUGAGCGACCCAAAUCAACAGCACUUGAUGUACCUGAAGCAAGUCUCAAGGCUACCCUUGAUGUAAAUGUUAUGGGACCGAUAUCUCUUACACGGUUGCUACUCCCUCACAUGUUGAAGAGAGGUAGAGGACACUUUGUUGUGAUGAGUAGUGCUGCAGGUAAAGCUCCUGCACCAGGUCAAGCAGUAUAUUCUGCAUCAAAAUUUGCUUUAAAUGGCUACUUUCAUUCUUUGCGGUCUGAGCUUUACCAAAAGGGAAUUAUGGUAACAGUUGUUUGUCCUGGGCCGAUAGAGACAUCAAGUGCACCAGCUACAAGCACCUCAGGUCAAACGGGAGUCAAAGAGAAACGAGUAUCUUCAGAGAGGUGCGCAGAGCUUACAUUAGUUGCUGCAAGCCAUGGUUUAAAGGAAGCUUGGAUAUCUUAUCAGCCUGUGCUAGCUGUUAUGUACCUGGUGCAAUACAUGCCGUCUGUUGGAUUCUGGUUAAUGGACAAGGUUGGGGCAAAACGAGUAGAAACGGCUGCACAAAAGGGCAAUACAUACUCGAUCAACCUACUCUUCAAUCGAAAGAAGGAAUAACUGGUCAUGGGCAAAUUGUGAAUUAAUAGUUUUGGUACACGUAUUGUUUUUAGUGAGUUUUUCUUUAAACGAUUCUCUUUCUCUUGCUAAUCAUAUUGUAAUAGUUCUCUUUAAUGGUAACGCAAAUGAUUGAAAAACGAUGGUUGAAGUUUUGAAAUAUUCUUGUACGGUACCCGCAUUGCGACAACUGGACUAUUAAAAAUAAUGGAAAAUUACACAGGUUUAUGCAA